CGGCGCGGCGGAGGCGGCCGCGGCCUGGGCAGGGGCCGGGGGAGCGGCGCGGCGCGGCGCGGCGGGAAAUGGCGGCCGGGCCGGGCUGAGCUGAGCUAGGCGGCCGGAGCUGCACCAUGAGGCUGCUGCGCGCCCUUCUGCGUGGCGCUGCCUCGGGCAGCGCCUCCCCGAGCAACAUCCCGCAGCAGGUGGACUUCUACUCACGCUUCUCCCCCUCGCCGCUCUCCAUGAAGCAGUUUCUGGACUUCGGAUCUGAAAAUGCUUGUGAGAAGACUUCGUUUAUGUUUCUGCGACAAGAGUUGCCUGUGAGGUUGGCAAACAUAAUGAAGGAAAUAAGCUUGCUUCCAGACAACCUCCUAAGAACACCUUCAGUUCAGCUGGUGCAGAGCUGGUAUGUCCAAAGUCUUCAGGAGAUUCUUGACUUUAAGGACAAAAGCUCAGAAGAUUCAGGGGCUAUUCACAGUUUUACAGAUACCGUGAUAAAAAUCCGGAAUCGCCACAAUGAUGUAAUUCCUACGAUGGCUCAAGGAGUAAUAGAGUACAAGGAAAGCUUUGGCAUUGAUCCCGUGACCUCACAGAAUGUGCAGUACUUUUUAGAUCGCUUCUACAUGAGUCGCAUUUCAAUCAGAAUGCUCCUUAAUCAACACUCUUUACUAUUUGGUGGGAAAAUUAAUCCAGCUCAUCCAAAACACAUUGGAAGCAUUGAUCCUAACUGCAACGUUGUUGAAGUUAUCAGAGAUGGCUAUGAAAAUGCCAAGAGACUUUGUGAUUUAUAUUACAUGAGCUGUCCAGAACUUGUCCUUGAAGAGUUGAAUGUUAAGUCACCAGGACAGCCCAUGCAAGUGGUGUAUGUGCCAUCACAUCUCUACCACAUGGUUUUUGAACUUUUCAAGAAUGCAAUGAGAGCCACCAUGGAACAUAAUGCCGAUCGAUGCAUUUAUCCUGCAAUUCAUGUACACAUCACGUUGGGAAAUGAGGAUUUAACUGUGAAGAUGAGUGACCGUGGUGGUGGUGUUCCUAUGAGGAAAAUUGACAGACUGUUCAACUACAUGUAUUCAACAGCACCACGUCCUCGUGUUGAGACAUCACGAGCUACACCUCUGGCUGGAUUUGGUUAUGGCUUACCCAUAUCACGUCUGUAUGCACAGUACUUCCAAGGAGACCUGAAGCUCUAUUCCUUAGAAGGCUAUGGUACAGAUGCAGUUAUUUACAUCAAGGCGUUAUCUACAGAAUCAAUUGAAAGACUCCCUGUAUACAACAAAGCAGCCUGGAAACAUUAUAAAGCAAACCAUGAAGCCGAUGACUGGUGUGUGCCAAGCAGUGAGCCAAAGGACAUGACCACCUUUCGCAGUAUGUAGCUUUUUCCACAGCAGCUCCUAAGAAGCAGGUUUGUCAAAAGGGAAUUUAAAAGACCUAAUUUAUACCAAGAUGUUCAGCCACUUUGAUACGUGGAAGUAAUUUUAAGUGUUGUAACAAAGUUCAGUGUAUUUAGGCUUUUCUGAAAUUAAAAAACCAAUAGUCACCAAAACCCCCAAACCUGCACUUACAAAGGUCACAUUUCAUUUGUUACAUUUUCUAUUUAUGACUGCUUUCAGAGCUAGUAAAGGAGCAAUUAUUUUAGUUUAUAUAGGGAUCAAUGCAAUGGCUAUCACAUCUGGUAUUAAUUUGUAUUAUUAUGAAAUUUUAUUACAAAAACUAUUGAAAAAGCUCACUGGAACAUUCUUCUGCAGAUUAAUGAAAAACUCCUAUCAGGCUCAUUGCUAUACCUCUGCAACUGUAUGGCACUUUCUUUUAUCUCAAGCAUGCUGAAGCUUCAUUUUGCGAAGUUAGAUAUGUUGCCUACGUACACUGCCUACAUCAAGGGUUUUUUUUCAGCUGUAGAAAUCACACAUCUCUGCAGAGAUAAAAAAUUUAUAAAAGCGUUUUUAACUGCUACUGCUGGUAUAAUGUAUCUCAGGUAUGUGGUAUCGGUUGUAUUUCUUUGGUUGUAAUGUGAAUAUAUAAUGGAUGUGAAAAACUUACCUUGCCCUGAUCAUUGUGAAUUUAAAAAAUAGCAUGGCUUGUGUACAGUAGAGAAAUGCUGUCUUGCAUUUGCCUGUAUUUCUGUAGGUCAUACUAAAAUGCAGUAUCAACAUUCUAGCCUUCGUAAGAUCUCAGACUUGGGUAUGUCAGGUACAGCUGUAAAUGGAAACUAUUUUAAUAAACAGAUUUUUAAAAACUGUCUGUAAUAGGGCAUCUCUAUUACUUCAACAGUAUAAGCUACCUUCUCAGGAGUAAGUAAGAAUAAGUGGAAUUAACAGUUUUUGAAAAUACCUUUGCAUUUGUGAUAUGCUUUGGGCCUCGUUUUUGUAAUAACUGGAAAUCACACUGUAACAUAAACAUCAUAACCAGAAUAUGUUAAUCAAAGACAAACCAGAACAUACAGGGGAAGAUCGGGAGGGGAGUGAAUCUUACAUUUCAGAUACAGAGUCUUUUUAAUAAAGAAUUCAACUUAA